GGCACGUGAAUGACAUGCCUUCCAAACCACCACCAACGUUGGGUAGUUUAGCUAUUCAAGCGCCUUCGUUAACACCACACUUUGUUCAUGUCUCGCCGUCAACAUGUCAUAACCUUAGCGUGUUUAAAGACCUUCUCAGAGAAUAUCGCAGACUUGAUGAUACUAUUACUAUGCGGUUAAACCGCACGAAUGCGCAGUUCCGUGAUCGGGAUCGUGCAGGGACAAACGGUAAAGGUAAUAUUCAGGACCAGGCUUGCGCACACAUGUGGAAGGAACUAGUUGAAAACUGGAAACGGCGUACGGAAAUGAUAAAUUAUUGCGUCAAUAAUGUCGAUCAGUCCAUGGAGGGGAAGCGAAAGUCAUUGACAAGCGAGGAGGGCGAUGCCAGGGCCCAGAGGAAAACGCAAGCAGCCAUGUUUGCGGAUGAGGUGAAGAGAAAUCAAGUUCGCAAUGAAUUAGCUGUUGAGAAGAUCGUACGCCAACGAUCGCUUGACGCAUUUGAAUCAAGGUGUCAGUAUUUUUCACCCCCUUUAACGGAUGCCGAGGCGAGGAAAUGGUGGGAUGCUGCACACACCCAAGAAUCGCCAUAGACGAUACAGGAUGCUAGAAACCUUGCCCUUUUUACCAAACGACAAUUAUUGCUAGUUGCUUAUAUAAUCAUGACCAUGAUACAAUAGCGGAAGCAUUUCGAAGUAGCCCAUCC